GUCACCGCGGUUGGAUGGGAGUUUGUAGUUGGUGAGAAGUAGGCGCGCGCGCAAAACAACGAAAAGAGAGGGGGAGAGAGAGAAAGAGUCGGCUUUCGGUCAGUAGUGUGUUGUGUGGCGAGCACGUGUGCGUGCGCGUCUUGCUUCGAGUGCUCUAGAAAACGUGCCGAACGUCCGGGAGGAUCUUGGCUCACCAAAUUAUUUUAACACGGACAACGUCUUCCUUUUAAAUUUUCACACGACUUUCCAACCAGUUUACACCUUGCGUCUUGCAUCUUGGAAAAUUUCUUAUACAUUGCGCGUCGCUUCACCGGAUUAAAAUAUUCUUAACAAUACCAAAGCGCCGAAGGUAGCAUGCCAAAUCACAAAUGGAUCGCAAUGAACAUCUUGCUUUUGCUCCUCAUAGGCACAUUAAAGUCUACCGUUGGGAAACCCCUUGGAGACAAAUUAAAGAAAGAAGAGGGAAUAACUGCGACCAACUGGAUGCAACUCGCUGACGAAUGGUUCGCUGCCAGAGCAAAGGCCGCGGAAGAAAAUGUGGACAUCGUUACCAUUCUACCGCUAAUAAACAAAUUGAGAGACUUGCCACCGACCGCAGAAACCAUCAUCAAUGGCACCAGCCCUGACCAACUUGCACGGUAUAAUUAUUCUCGAAUGCUGUGGGACAUGGAGUCCGUGCAGCCAAGCGGCCAUCUUUCAGGCUUCGUGGACAAGGCUCUAAAAUUGUUAGAUUUGAGGCAAGUCAUGAUGGAAGUCGAAACUUCCGUGAUGUCGAAGGUGUCUUGUUCGGCGUGUAAAGUUGGCGCGGGGCUUCUUCAAACGUACAUAAAAACUGGCAAGAGCGACGAAGAGAUUAUGAACAGUAUUUACCAAUUUUGCGUAUCCCUAAAAAUCCAGAGCUCGCGAGUUUGCAAAGGAGUAACCUUGCUCUUUGGGGGGGAAGUGAUUUACGUUCUGAAGCAAGUGGAUAUGGGUCCAGCUCAGAUCUGUAGCUUUGUGAUCGGCGACGCUUGCGAGGACGCGUACAAUCCGUUGCACGAGUGGGAGGUGGCGUUCCCGCCUGUAAAAAAACCGCACAUUAAGCCUCCUAUACCGCCUCAAGAAGGUGCGCCGACCUUCAAAGUCCUUCAUAUCUCUGAUACGCACUACGAUCCUUAUUACCAAGAGGGCACGAAUGCGGAAUGUAACGAACCAUUAUGCUGCAGAUUGACCAACGGCGCACCCCUGACUCCAGCAGGGGGUGCUGGCCGAUGGGGUGACUACAGAAAAUGCGACACCCCGAAAAGAACGGUCGAACAUAUGCUCAAGCAUAUCGCCGACACGCAUUCCGAUAUAGAUUACAUAUUGUGGACUGGAGACUUACCGCCUCACGACGUGUGGAACCAGACGCGCGAGGAAAAUUUGAAAAUUUUGCACGACACUGUAAACCAACUGAUCGAAACGUUUCCCGGAAUACCAAUCUUCCCAGCUCUAGGAAACCAUGAAACUUCUCCCGUUAAUAGCUUUCCACCGCCGUUUGUGCCAAAGGAAAAUGAUAUAUCCUGGUUGUACGAUGCUCUUGACAAGCAUUGGAGACGCUGGUUGCCAGCAGGCGUCUCGCGAACAGUUCGCAGAGGCGCCUUUUAUUCGGUCCUGGUUCGUCCAGGCUUCAGAAUUAUCUCCAUAAACAUGAAUUAUUGCAAUAACAAAAACUGGUGGCUGUUAAUCAAUAGCACAGACCCAGUGAGCGAGUUACAGUGGCUCAUUUACGAGUUGCAUGGGGCUGAAAUGAGCGGUGAGAAGGUUCACAUUAUUGGACACAUUCCGCCUGGUCACUCGGACUGUUUGAAGGUGUGGUCUCGGAAUUACUAUCACAUCAUCAAUCGGUACGAAUCAACGAUCACGGCACAGUUUUUCGGACACACUCACUAUGACGAAUUCGAGCUCUUUUACGAUGUUUCUAAUCUUGGAAGAGCUGUUAGUAUAGCUUACGUUGGGCCAUCGGUCACGCCUUACAAUGAUCUUAAUCCAGGAUAUAGAAUAUAUUAUGUGGAUGGCGAUCAUCCUAAAACUACUAGAUUAGUCGUGGACCACGAAAGCUGGGUUAUGAACCUGAAAGAAGCGAAUCUGUACGAUUACCCUAUCUGGCACAAAAUGUAUAGUGCUCGACAAGCAUACCAAAUGUCAUCUCUCUUGCCAAAAGAUUGGGACUCCCUGAUAGACAAAAUGAGUAACGAACAGUCGCUUUUUGAUCUUUACUAUAAACACUACUACAAGAAUUCGCCCGUGAGACCGCAGUGCAACGACGAGUGUAAAAAAAGGUUGCUCUGCGAUCUGCGUUGCGGCAGAAGCCACGCUCGCAAAGAACUAUGCCAGAGCCUCGAGUCCAGAAUAGAUAACGAAACGAGAACAGGAUGGCGAGUUUGGAUUUACAACGGACUAGCAUUGUCAAUGUCCAUUUUCAUGGCAAUUCCACGAUUCGCGUACAAUUUACCUAAGUAUGUGCUAGGUCUAGGAUAAACGAAGAUAUCGUUGAACAAAUCGGUGUAAUUCGUAACGUUAAAUUAUUAAACAUUCAAGAAACACUGACAGUGUUGUUUCGGUGCUCAGAAGUUACAGCAACAUAUAAUAACAAUCGCGAGCAUAUGCAGUAUAAAACAGUAUGGUUGCCGGUGUGCAUCUUUCGAGGUGCACGUUCAGUCGAAAUUUUAUUCGACUAACAAGAUUUUGUACUAUAGAAUUUUAUUCUAUAGAAAGCAUUUGAUUGUAUUUGAAAUGUCUUUCUUAAUUGUGAUCGGUUAAAUAUGGUACAAAACCUCUUAGUUUGGUAAAAAAAGGUUUCUUCGCAAAUAUUUGUUUAUUAUUUACACUUUAGACACGAUGCCUCACGUCCGAAAAUCCAAAUCCACCUGUCUGGAAGAUUUUUGUACAAGUUACAUUUGUACCCAUUUACUUUCAUUUAUUUAUUUCAUUUGCAUCGAGUUUAUGCUGCAGCUACAUUUGAUCAAACAGAAUUCAAACUUUCCAGAUAAAUAAUAACUUUUAAAAUGCGCUCAUUUUAUGCAAAGAAUUCGAAUGGUGAUUUUAUACAGAUUGCUUUACAACAGAAUUCUUGAAAUAAAUGUAAACUGGUGGCACAGAAA